UCAGCUGGUGGCUUCAGAGGAACCAGCCUCUUCAUCUGCCUCAACGAGCACGAACAUUGAGAGAGAUUGUGGCCGUGAGCCUGCUCAGGAGUACCGAGAGGGCCCGAUGGAGGCUGACAAUGGGCCCGAAGACCUGGAUGCUUUAGGGACUUGCAGGCUGUUGCAUCAUAUCACGGAUGGAGAUUAUCCUCUAUUGUCUCCUCGCUGCUCUAUUUUCAGCCAAAGCCAGAGGUUUAACUUAGACCCCGAAUCGGCUCCUUCUCCACCAAGCACUCAACUCUUCAUGAUGCCAAGAAGUUCUUCCAGAGGCAGCUGCGAGGACAGCAAAGUGCCCCAGACCAUGGUACAACUCACGAAGCACCUGCAAAACCUGAAGAGGAGGAUAAGGAAAUACGAAGAGAAGUUUGAGGAGGAGAAGAAUUACCGGCCUUCCCAUGCGGACAAGAUAUCAAAUCCCGAAGUAAUGAAAUGGAUGAAUGACUUAGCCAAAAGUCGUAAACAGCUAAAAGAGCUGAAACUCAAAAUGUCGGAAGAACAGAAUUUCCCCAUCAAAAGAAGCCAAAGGAACUCUCAUCAGGAGAGCCCCAAAGAGGCAGUGAGGCUGGAUCCAGCAGAUUCCCCCACCAGUCCUUUGGUGGAGGAAACCAUGGAAGUGGUGAAGAAGCAACUGAAAGAGCAGCGACAGCAGCUCGGUCUCCCUGAGAACAUCAAGGCUAUGACAAAAAAGCAAAUGGCUUUGGAAAAACUCAGUCUCCAGAAAAGCCUACUCUAUUUUGAAAGUAUUCAUGGACGGCCUGCUAACCAGCAAGACAGGAGUUUGAUGAAGCCUCUUUAUGAAAGAUACAGAAUUAUAAAGCAGCUUCUAUCAACGCCCUCUUUGAUUACAACUAUUGAGGAGGAAGAUUCUGAUGAAGAACCUCCUCAGAGUAGCUCCACUGGGUCUCUCCAUUGGCCCCCCGAGGCACAGAUGGGUCACUCAGAUGAGGAGAAUGAACCCGCCUUUGUUUCACCUCUGGAUGAAAAGAAAGUGAUGAAACAGCCAACGCUCUCGAUGUCCAAUUUACAUGAGGCCACCAUGCCUGUGCUACUGGAACAUCUCCGAGAAACUAGAGCUGACAAGAAAAGGAUAAGGAAAGUAUUACGGGAAUUUGAGGAAGAGUUCUUUAGACAAACAGGAAGGAGUCCCCAGAAGGAAGAUCGGAUCUCCAUGUCAGAGGAAUAUUUGGAGUACAAGCAUAUCAAGGCUAAACUCCGCCUCCUGGAGGUUCUCAUCAGCAAACACGACGUCUCCAAAACCAUCUGA